UUGGCCAAACCACACCACACAUCCGCAACAGGGGAGGGGAGAACCGGAGGAGGAGGAGGAGAGAGGGAAAAUAAAUAAAAAGGGACAAGCCACAAGAGAGAAGCGAAGGCCAGGGGAGGGAAGGGGAGCCAAGGGAAGCGAGCGAGGGAGGAAUAAUCCAGCGCGCGGUUGCCUGCCUGCCUGCCUGCCUGUUGGGUGCGGGAUCUCGCCGGAGGGUUCCGCCGCGGAGCCCCGUACGGUGAUCCGGGGCCGGUUGGUGGGGGCGAUCGGAGGCCGCCGUGGAUCUCUGCCUCUGAGAUCUGUGUUCUGGGACAAGCCAUGAACAGCGGAACCACCGGUUGUUAACUCUGUAAAUUACAAGCAACCGAAACGAGGCGCAAGAAGAAUGGUGUUCCAGAAGAGGACGUCGUCGGAGAUGGAGUCGUGCGGCGGAAGCCACGUCGCGGAGAUGCCGCGCGUCCCGAAAUCCGCGAGGGGCAAGAGAUCGGUUAGGAAGAAGGAGAGCCAGGGCCAGGCGAUGUGCGCGUUUGACCUUCUCGCGACGGUGGCCGGCAAGCUGCUCGAUGAGGGCGAGGGCUCGCUGGGGAACAUGAGCGCCGGCUCCCCGGUCCUCGCUGCUUCUGCUAAGGAUGUCUGCGUGAAGCAAGAGCAGUGCGACGAGGAGGGGAAGCACCUCAAGAAUGAUGUGAUGGACCAGGAUAGCUGCAAUGAGAGCGCGUUGAUCUCCCACAUUGCGUCUCAGAGACUGGCGGAUCACCAUUCUUGGAAAGGAGAGGAUCUGAAUGAGGUUCCAAAGGCAAAGUCUGAGGCUGUGGACAAGGAACCCUCGAUGAUAAGUUGUACCAAGGCUGACUUGGGUAGUAAUUUCGGGGCGAUCGCGGACAGGUGGUCGCCUGAAUCCGUGGAGUCAGGGGCCUUCACCGGGGAUGCAGCGGCAAAUGUGAUGGCAUUGGCCGCAGCAGCCUACAACAAGAACGCCCCCGACAUGUACAAUCUUCUCGACCCCAUGGAUGUCGAUGUGAAGCCGCCUCCGUUGGUCAGCUCUGACAGCACCGGCGAGAUGCCAUUAUAUGGUGGCAAAAUUCACAAGUCCGUCUCUUUUCCGAGGGGUCCGAAAGGAGGAGCAGAGUAUUCUGUAGAUAGAGAGAAUGAUGAUGAUGAUGAUGAUAAAUCUUCCGGGUGCACGCAUUCGAGCACCGCCACUAACAGGGGCUUGAGGCCCAAUUGUACAGCUGACCAAAGUAGGGUGAAGAAGUUCCUCGCCUGUAAGUACAGGAAAGUUGCUCCUGCCAGAAUGCACAAAGGAGAUCUUUCCUAUAGUGAUGCUGACCGGAAGCCUUCUUUCCGAAACAAGAAAAUGUAUUAUACGCGGCAAAGGACCCAAAGGAGUACAUUUAAGCGAAGGAAGAUGUUGGAUCGUCAUUCAACUCUAGUAUCUGAAGAAUUUGCAAAAUCAAAUGCAAAGAGAACCACAAAGGUUAAUGCAAGAGAACCACAUGCUGCUUCCUUGGAAGCAAAUAAGGGCAGCAACUCAAUGCCAUUCCAUGGAUCUUGUAAAUCAAACGAUUGCCAUGUGAAACUUAAGAUCAAAUCUUUCAAGGUUCCUGAACUUCUAAUUGAGAUCCCAGAAACUGCUUCUGUUGGAUCACUGAAGAAAACUGUUCUGGAGGCAGUAAAUGCCAUGCUUGGAGGUGGUCUGCGUGUGGGUGUUCUUCACCAUGGAAAGAAAAUCAGGGAUGAUAGCAAAACCUUAAUGCAAGCUGGGAUUGAUCAUGAUGAUAUGCUGGAUAACAUAGGCUUUUCACUGGAACCCAACUGUACACGGCAUUCAUCACAACUUGCAGCUCCUGAAGAUAUCGAAUUCCUAGAAACUGUUGAAACCACCGAACCCCUAGCAAGGAUCGCACCUGCUGACUCAUCCUCGAAGCACGGCGAAGUCGAUGCCUCACAGGAGCUUGCAUUGACACCCUUGACAGCUAAUUACCAGGGAAAUGAUCAUGAUUCGGUGCACUCUCCUGGGGGCAUCUCCUCACCUGAGAAAGCUUCAGCAAACUCGCGAGCUAUUGUUCCAGUUACACCUGUAGAUUCCAGCGCAGGGGCGAUAGUUCCAGCAAACAAGGCAAAGAGAUCAUCGGAACAGGGGCAGCGUCGAAUCAGACGUCCGUUCUCUGUUGCUGAAGUGGAAGCACUUGUGCUUGCAGUCGAAAAGCUUGGAACUGGAAGAUGGCGAGAUGUUAAACUUCGUGCUUUUGAUAAUGCCAAGCAUCGGACCUAUGUUGAUCUUAAGGACAAAUGGAAGACGCUGGUGCACACGGCGAGCAUCUCGCCCCAGCAGCGGCGCGGUGAGCCGGUGCCACAGGAUCUGCUCGACCGGGUCCUUGCGGCCCAGUCCUAUUGGUCCCAGCAGCAGGCCAAGCUCCAGCCUAAGACGCCCCCACUGGCUGAGGCUCGCCUGCUCACCUAAUAACUCCCAUCUCAGCAAAUGGUCUCUUAAGAAACCAUUCCAGCUUUUGUAUAAAGUCAGUAAGUCAGCCAGUCAGCCCAUUCAAAGGAGGUUAAGGAAGAUAGUAGAAAAAUAUAUACUACAUAAAAAAAAGGUACAAGAAGUAUUGACCGACCGAAAAUUGUUGUAAUAUCUACUCACCAACUAUUCUUUUAAGCCAGGGUUCUCUCUCCUUGUGAAUUUAACCAAAGGAAAGGGUAUUUCUUUGGCAAAUUGUACAUGAUGAUGAUGAUGGAAGAAGAAGAUGAUUCAUUCCAUGAACUGAGAUCUGCAGUGACUACUACUAACUCACAAUUCUCUGCAAUUGUGCUAAAAAAGAAGAGAGAAGCUUCAGAUUCUUUUGUUCAGUUCAAUUCAUUCUUUGUUAAGAGGAUGAGAAAGGUGGACGGAUAAGGAGGGAGGAUCUGUGCUCCCCUUUUCCUAUUUUUCUUCUUCUGUUACUACUUAGUUGUACUAUUUUCCCUUCACCAAUCUUGUAGCUAUUUUGAUCCCCUCAACAUUGUACUUGAUCAACUAACAAUAUUAAAGGAAUUUUUUAUGCAUACCCAUUGCACCCCUUAAA